AUUUUUUUACAUUUAACAGGAAAAGAAAGCGUUGUCCUCAUUACGUUUUUUAGCCUACAAUGUGAAUUAGAAUGUUUCUAGAAAUUAAAAAUCCAGAGUCUGUCUUUUCGAUAAAAGACUUAGAUGACGUAAUGAUAAAGUUAAAUAUAAAAUGGAGAGAAAUGUCGAAUGAGGGUUUGCUGUCAAAAGUAGAUUGAGAGUCACGUGACGGCUGUGUGGGCCAAUGAGAAGGAGGCAGUAUGGCGACGCUCGCUCAAACUGGCAAUGUCUUGUCGUUGGUCGGCCAUUGAAAGUUAGGCUAGGUGUACGAGCUAGGAGUCUCGGUUUCUUCUGCGUGUGCUGCGGCGCUCCAAAAUUCCCAAAGACACCAUGGCUUGUUGGUGAAAUUGACUGGAUUUUCGUCUAAUCUUUCCUUCUCGUCUUGAUCGUGUCAUUUUUUCGCUAGUGAGUUGUCCGAUUCCAACGAGAACCAAGUGUGAGAGAAAGGGAGAGAGGCGCCCUCGAAGAAGAAGAAGAAGUUUGUGUCUGUGUGUGUGUGUGCGCCCCGACAACUUUGGUGUGUGUGUGUGAUGCGUUUCAAAGUGUAAAAACGUUGCAAGCCAUGAUGAUGCUCAUCGACGAGGGAAACAAUCCGUUCGAUUGAGUGAAAAAGGUGUAUAAUUGCUUUCAAAGUUCAACAUCAUACACACGGCGUUCUGUGUGUGUGUGUGUGUGUGUAUAGUGCCGUGUGUGUGUGAGCGAGCGUAAACCUCCCUCCCACUCUUCCCACCAUACACACAAAUGGCCCAUCCGAAUUCGCAAACCAAUGGAGCUAGCUUAGAAGAUUGCCACACCAACUUCUUUGCCCUGACGGAUCUGUGUGGCAUCCGAUGGAGGAAGCUAACUUCAGAAGGGUACAGCCCUCAACCUGGUGGUGGGGGAGUGUACGGUGGGCAGCAGGGCAACCCACAUCAGCAGCAGAUGCGUGGGAUGGCUGGAGGAACCCAGCAGCCUUGGGAUUACCUCAAUGAUCCUGUUCUCUUGUCUUACUGGCGAUGCCUUUCGAAUGACAUCCUCUGUGUUUGGAGGAGGAUCCCAUCUGCCUCUUCUGCGUCUAGCCCUGGUGGCUCAUCAGCAUUCCCACCAUCGUUUCCCAGUGGCUUCCCCAAUCCCCAGUCCAGCACACAACAGGGUUCAAAUGGAUUGAGUACUCUGAGCGGGGCUAAAGAGUUGUGGAUAUUCUGGUAUGGUGAUACAUCUCCAGACCUCAGUAGCCUUGUUGUGCCAGAGAUCCUCAACAUGGAGGGUGAGCAUGGAUCCUGGGAGAAUGGACUCUCCUACGAGUGCAGAUCCUUGCUCUUCAAAGCCCUUCACAAUCUCAUUGAGAGGUGUUUGCUGUCAAGAGAUUUCAUCCGAUUGGGUAAGUGGUUUGUGCAGCCACAGGAAGGAGUGGAUUCUGCCUGCACUCAACAACAGCAAAACCAGCAACCGGAUUCCUCCAACCCUACAACCACCAUUCCAGCCAGGAACGGUCACUUGUCGUUUUCAUUUUCGUUUUUCGUCCACGGAGAGUCGACUGUUUGCGCCAGCAUCGACGUCCGUCAACACCCAGUCGUACGCAAGACCACCCACAGGCAUUUAGCCGCCGCACAGGCCACAAGCGGUGGAGUCCAUGUUAUGUUGGCUCCUUACGGCCUAGCGGGCGUACUGACUGGCGUUUCCUACCGGUCAGCCACUGACCACGUAACCCGCAAGCUGAUGGAAGAAUGGCGCCAAUACUACCCUGUUGAAUGCGGUGGCAAUAACAGCCCGCAAACUGCAGCAGGAGCUGGACAGCAACAGCGAGGUCCAGGUCCCGGUGGCGGCCUGGGAGGAUUAGAAGCUGCAUCGGACACGGAAGAUAUGGUGGAAGUCAUCGUCGGCAAUGUCCGCAUGCGCUAUCCAACGUGCUACGUUAUGGUCUGUGAUGCGGACAGUGCGGCUAAUUCGGCUGCCUUCAACCAACUGGCGACUUCCGAAGGGGGAAUGCUGAUGACUCCACCAGCAUCGCCUCCUCUGACAUCAAAUCCGGCGAGUAUAUCUCGCAGUAUUAGCCAUUCCGCCGUAGUGUCAUCCCUGACGUCGUCGUCCGCUGUUACUUCCGCUCACCACUCAUCGUCGUCGCAGCAGCAACUGAUUUCCACCGUGCCCAGCUCCACGGCCGCUGCGCUGAAUCGGAUUGCACAAGCGGCUCAUUCCUGGAGACCCGAAGAAGCUCGACGAUUGGCUGAGCAAGCCUGGCAAGACAGUCUUCUCUCGCCGGCUGGUCUGCUCCCACAGCCCAAACCCUCCGUUGAUCCAGCUGCAUCUGCUGUGGUGCCAUCCUCCCCGGCUACCAGCACCACCCCGACGACCGACAAAGAUUCCACGGCGAAUCUUUGGGAUUUUGUCGAUCCCACAACCAAGAACAGCUGCAUCUGUGUCAAGUCGAGACGGAAUAAAACUGGAAGCAGUGUCCAGGGCAACGGCGUCGGCAGCAAUUCCAGCGCCAAGAUGGCUUCUACCACUCCAUUGAACACUUCUUCUUCAUCCUCCUCCUCCUCUAUCCCGUCCUCUUCUUCUUCUUCCUCCUCUUCUUCCGGCAAGAGAGGCGGCGGUGUGCAUCCAUUCCACCACCGCCCGACCUAUGCAGCUCCGACUCGGGCCCAAUCGACUGUCGCUAGUGUUGGGCAAAAGCUGUUGCCGGACAACAAUAACGCCACGGCCGCCCUUCCGCCGGGAAGUGGAUCAGGGUCGGUCGAAGGCGGUCAAGAUAGGGUCAACAGAGCGGGAACGGCGAAUCCGACGAGUACAGGUGGCGCCACCACGCCGGCACCAGCUCCAGCCCUGCCGACUUACCAGCGGAGCCAGGCGGCUCUCCGUGGGCCCGCCAGCCAACAAAGUCAGCAGCAACAGCAUUCCAAUCACGGCAUGAACUCGAGUGGCAACAGCAACAGCGUCGGGCCGUUCACGCUGGCUUCGCCGGCUUCGGUUGCCCCGCCAACGCCCCACUCUCACGCUCCGCCCAGCGUCCCGCCCAUGGAUUCGUCGCUUCCGUUGUCGAGUCCUCAUCCACCAGCAUCGAAUGACCCAUCGUCCAACUUUAUCCCGUCGACGCCGUCGGCCAGCGACCAUAACAUGACGUCGCAGGAUCAGAACUGCAGCCGAGCCACUCCUGGUGGAGCGGCCCACACUCCGGGUGGAGGACCCAAAUCGAAUCAAGCCGCCUAUUCGCCUUACGUUGCCCUGCCGAGCGUCGACACCCCCGGUUGGCCUCACUCGGCCGGUGGAGGUGGAGGCAGCGGCUCUUGUCACGCCACUCAGCCGCGCAGCAGUGCCGGGCAGCAGCCCGCCAGUUGUGGCCCUGCCACUUCGGUGGCCCCAACGACACCCAACGUCGGCAGCGGUGGAGGAAGUGGUGGCGAAAGAGCCAAUGGCGGUGGAAGCACCUGCUCCACUGCCGAUCUCUAUGGAAUCAAAAAGAUUGUACUUCCUCAGAAAGAGUACGAGGAAGAACUCAAGGAAGGAGAAACCGCUCCUGGUCUGCUCUACGACUAUAGUAACAUGACGGCCUGGUUGUUUCAUCCGGUCAAGCGAAUGAAAGUAGGCAACAACUCCUCGAAUGGGGACCGACCAACGGAUUCCUCUGACGGUGGAUCGUCUUGUAGCGGGAAGCAGAUCAACGGCAACUUAAUGCUGGACAUGGAAGCCAGAGAUGCGAUCGAGUACGACGAGGAUGGCGUCCACAACGGCCAAUCCCGCAAGAGGAAGGAGCCUGACUCUGGUCGUGACGAGGACAGCAACUCGUUGAACUCGGCCAACGCAGCCGGUGGAGCAGCUAAACCAGUGAAUCCAAGUUCGCUCUUCACCAGCGAGGGCCUCCAGGCGUCCUAUCAGGACUUGGACAAGAUUUUCGACAAUUCAGACGAGUCGAACGACACGUGCCCUGUGCCUACGCCGCCCGGAUCGAACAAACCGGCCGGACUCCCAGAAGACACGGCUCUCAUGGGACACGGCCACCACAAAGCGCCGCGUGGUGGCAUCACGGCAGCUCACCCGUCACCAGGAACGACCAUGCUGGGCGGCCACCACUUGACGGCCGGUGGAGUCAACAUUUUGGCCUCGGCCGAAUUCUCCAACAUGUUCCCGACGCCGCCGUCCCACGAACAUCCCAUGCAAUCGCCGUGCGGACAGAUGGAAGGAUCGGUGGAUUUGUUGGGCGGCGACAUGAACAAUUCCGGGCACAACGGCAUCAAGAGUGAGCCGGGCUCCGGUCACUCGCUCAACGGCUGCAGUCCGACAUAUCUACAAGAGGACAGCGCUAACAAGGACUGGUCCUACGUCUACCGGCCACCCACUGUCUGGAAAGUUGCCAAUUCCUCCAAGUACGCGCCGCUUCCGAUCCUGCCCAGCCAGACGAUGAGUCCUUUAUUCCUACCCGCGCCUUACCGGCCCUCUAGCAGCAGCAAUAGCUCGGCCAACCACUCGUCGGGAAUUGUGGAAGUGCCUCGCGGACCCAUGAUGCAGCAGCAGCAACAACAACAUGCCUCGAUCCGGCCGUUCCAGCGGCUUCAGUCGAUGGUGUCUCCCAUGCAGCAGCAUUUCUCACGCGGUGCCGGUCCGGCGCCUUUCAGCCCCAUCUCUCCGUCUCCGUACGGCAUGGAUGGUGGGCCGCCGCCUUUCGGCGGUAUGCCCGGCCACGGGCAGAUCCAGCGCCCUGGAAUGAACAUGGGCGGUUUCCCGCCUACACUGAAGCAGCUGCUGCAACCUCAACAGGGUCAGGGUCAACCACCUGGGUUCCCUCAGCACCAGUCUGGAUUCCCGCACCACCAUCCACCACAGCAGCAACUCCAGCUGCAGAUCCAGCAGCAGCAGCAACAACACCACCACCAACAACAACAACAACCGCAAUCGGUCAACAACAGCAACAACAUGAGCAACCACUCGAACUUGCCCGAAUGCCAUUCUCUGAUGGUGAACAUUGUCCUGGGCGACUCGAUGCUCAACAUCUUCCGCGAUCACAACUUUGACAGCUGCACCGUUUGCGUUUGCAGCGACGGACAGAAUUGGGUGGGCACGAUACGCGGGCAAGACGCCGUGUAUUACCUUCCAGAGUCGUCGAACGCGCGUUCGUCGUCGAUGAGAGCGUUGCCCAGCUCAUCGCAAUUCCCCGGAAUGGGCGGCGGUCCAGGCUCGUUGGGUCUGCCUCCUCCGCCGAUGAACAACCUGGAGGAGGAAAGCUGCCGGUGCAACUGCGGGUUCAGCGCCCUGGUGAACCGCCACCUUGCCCAUCAGGCCGGCCUCUUUUACGAAGACGAAGUGGAGAUUGUUGGCGCCAACGCCACCCGAGAUCCCGGCCAGUUCAAGCGCGGCUCUCUGUACGCCGUCUGCCACUCAUCGGAUAAACAGGAACAGCAGAUGCUGAUGCGAUCUCGCAUGCUCGACUGCGGACCCGGCCUUUCGCUCUACGGUCCGGAAGGCAACGGCAAAACGCCAGGCGGCAAAGGCGGCGACAAGGAACCAGUGGACAAGGGCGAUAUCAUCAGUCAGUCAAUCGCUGCCGUCGUCAUGGAAGCGUCGGCCCCCUUGGUCGACACUCUGCCCGUCGCCUUGAUGGAGCUGCUUCGAGAGCAGUGCCUGCUGGUCCAUCACUCGAGCAGCCCACUCUACCGGGCCGAACAGUUGCAAGCGGCCACGAGGAAGGCCUCCCUUUUGCACGCCCUCGACUACUCUGACGGAUGCGAAACGGCCCGCAAUGCCUUGACGUUAGCCUUACACAACAAUUCUCCGAUGCCCAUGGCGUCUCCUGUACACCAGCAGCAACCUCCGCCACCUUACCAGCAACAACAACAUCAACAACACCAACAACAGCAGCAGCAUCAACAACAACAACAGCAGCAUUGGAAUAACGGACCUCAAACUCCCAAUCCGUACGGUGGCAUGUCCUUCAACCCAGGCAUGGGCGGAUUUCAGGCAGGUGGACCUGUCGGUGGUCCAGGAUUCCAGGGCCCCAAUUCCGGAAACAUGCACCUGCCCAUGAGUCCUUCGCUGCACAGUCCGACGAUGCCGGUUCGAGGGAGACCGCCAACCCCGGCGUCAGUGGGCGGCAUGCCGAUGCCCCUGUCGAGUCCGGUCGGAAUGGCCAUGGCGCAAAGACAACCUCAUCCUUCUCACGGAGCACAUGGGCACUCGACCAACCAUCCGUCGACUCUGUCUGCCGGCAACAACGGACCCAUCGUCCAUUAUUGGCCGUUUUUGCACGUCCAGGGCCCCAAUUCAAGCCAGGACGUGAUCCGCGUCAUGAGAACGUUGCAGCCCCUCCUGCAGGACAGCAUCCAGAAGAAGAGGGCCGCGGCCGCCACUUUGUGGAGGGCGCCGUUCGCUGUGCAGGGUCCUCUGACUUGGCGUCAAUUCCACCGGAUGGCCGUCAGAGGCACGGAAGAUCGAUGCGAGCCUCAGCCGAUCCCUUCAGUCAUGGCCGGCUACGAUCGCGAUUGGGUGGCCAUCGGUCCGCUGGCCAUCCCACACUGGGACCGGCUCCUGCUGGAACCUUACAGCCGCCAGCGUGACGUUGCCUACAUUGUUUUGGCUCCCGAAAUGGACUACGUUUUGUCGCGGACGAAAAUCUUCUUCAAGGAGCUCUCGGCCACCUACGAGAUGUGCCGCUUUGGCCGCCACGUUCCUUACAAGGGCCUGCGGGACGGCAUUCUCCGCGUGGGCAAGAGCGCCGCCGCCAAGCUGGCCAACGACGCGGUCGACGACUGGUUCAGCAACAUCGGCGACUCGCCCAUCGCUUCCCUCCUGCGGCUCUACGCCAAAGUCUGCCGCUACCAUCUAGCGCCGACUCUCAUCAAUAUGCCGAUGGAUCGAACUCUUCUCGAUCCACCUGCGCCACCGUCAUCCAAUCGACCCAUGAACGCCGUUCCGUCGCCCAUGGCGCCUCCAUCCACCACGCCCAUUCAUCCGGGCGAUUUCGGCUCGGCCACUCAGAGCGGCAUGGGACCGCCGAAUCAGGGCGGAUCGACGCCUCUUCAGGGUUCCUCCACAUUCGGCGUUCAUCACACGUCGACGCCGUCGUCCGGCAUGACGUCAUCAGACGGUAAGCCGACUUCCCCCAAAACGGAAGACGGUGCUGAUGGAACGUCGGGUCACGGGGCUUCCGGUGCUACCGACGGAUCGGCAGCCGAUGACGAGGAGGUCGAACCUCCUUCCAUCGUCAUUUACAUCGUGGAUCCGUUCAGUUUCGGCUCAGACAAUUUGGACCUCGGGCGGUUGACGGCGUUGGGACUUUUGCGUUGCUACCACCAAAUGUUGUCGCUCCUUUCGGAGACGGUCCAGCUCAACGUGUCGCUGCAGUUGAUUUCCGCCGACGCCAUCCUCCAACUGGGCAAAGACGUGAACGGCGCCUCUCGCUACGAUUCGCUCCGAUCGCUGGCCCUCAACGUCUUUUCGCAGUGCAAGAAAUUAAUCUCACAGCCGUCGAACGUCAAAUCGCUGACGGGAUUCGGUCCGGCUGCCGCCUCGGACACGUUUCUCAAAGCCAAAGACGAGAGGAAUCGUGCUCCUUACAGGGUCUACAUCCCGGCCUACGUCCUGGCGCCGACCAAAGACAGGACGGUCUGCGACCUCGAUCCAGGUGUGUCUACCAACGGAGGGCCCGGCAGUGGCCCACUGUCAUUCUUGGCCAGGCCAGACAAGUAUUCCGUCCUCUACGUCAGCUACUGCUUAUCGGAAGAUCAGCGCUGGCUGAUUGCCGCCUGCACGGACGAGCGCGGCGAGCUGGUUGACAGCUGCACCAUCGGCAUCGACGUCCCGAACCGAACCAAGCGGAAACGAGUCUCAGUCAGGCGGUUUGGGCUCCAGCGGCUCAUGGAUUUCAUUCUGGGCGUCAUUUCCACCGGAGUUCAUCCGUGGAGGCUCGUCAUUGGCCGCGUAGGUCGAAUGGGCCACGGCGAAUUGAAAAGUUGGAGCGCCCUGCUGAGUCGCAAAAAUCUGUUGAGAGCCUCGCGACAUUUGGCCGAUAUUUGCGGCCAGUGUUCGCUCGUGUUCCCUUCGCAGGCGCCCACUUUAGUGUCGGCCUGUCUGGUCUCGCUCGAGCCGGACUCUCACUUCCGCAUGAUGCCGGAUCAAGUGACUCCCGACGAGCGUUUCGGUCAGCAGUCAGCCAACAGUCACCUGUCGACACCCGAGGACGCCUCUUGCACUCACAUCCUCGUUUUCCCCACGUCGGCCACCACUCGAUCUCCUCAGACGACGUUCCACGAGGAAAACAUCAACGGACCCGAUUUGGGAGACGACGAUCUCCUCUCUGCCCUCAACGACGACAUGGGCGACGGAUUCGAGGGGAUGAGCGGCUUUGACGACAUUUUCAUGACGUGGCCGGAAACGGACCAAGUCAAUGACGGCACCGACGAUUUGACGUCGGACAUAACGGGUGGCAACAACGGCGGGAUGAACAACAUGGGCGGCUGCGGAACUUCUCGGUCACCUGGAGCUUCGCACGGCGGCGGCGGUGGAGGUUCGCCCGGCCGUGGCGGCAUGCGCUCCAACAUGAAUCCCGAGUCGCCGUCGGGCAUGGGCGGACACCACCAUGCGGGCGGUUCCGGGCGGCAGAGUCCACGAGCGGAGCAGGAGGAAGUGGGUACGCUGCUCCAGCAGCCGCUGGCCCUCGGCUAUUACGUGUCGACGGCGCCGACGGGCGACAUGCCGUCCUGGUUCUGGUCUUCGUGCCCUCAUUUGGCGCGUGCCUGCCCGGCUUUCCUCAAGUGCGCACUUCACUUGCACAACCACGCCGUCCAGCAGAACUCGGACGACAUCCUCCUGCAGCAGCAGCAACAGCAAGUCAACAACUCGUCAAAGGUGCAUCCGCUCGACUCGCAAGUCACGACGGAUGUCCUCAGGUACGUCAUGGAAGGUUACAACGCCCUCUCUUGGCUGUCGCUCGAUCCCAAGUCUCGUGAUCGCCGCUCUUGCCUCCCCAUUCACAUCCAGCUCUUGGUGCAGCUCUACCACGCCUUGGCUGCUUUAGUCUGAAAAACAACAACAAACACAACAACAAAAUCAUUUACGACCCCUCUGAAAAAAAAAAAAGAAAAUUGUUUUCCCCGUUUCGGAAUUUCUUAACUUGACAGAAACAGAAGAAGAAAUAAUUACGAUAUUAUUAUUUAAAAGAAAAAGAAACUUAAAAAAGAAUCGAUGCCCUGUGCUGGUGUAUGCACUUCGCAAUAUCCUACUCGCCUCACCCCCUCACACUCACACAAACAAAAACACAACACGCCACCAUCUGUCAUGACAAAAACAAAACUAAAAAAACAAAAACUAAAAAAAAUAGUAUAAUAUUACAUAUGGCUCUACAUAAUGUUUUUUUUUUUCUUCUUUUUUUCUGUUGGUUCGUUCGAUUGUUGGGUCUUUCUUGUUCCCUUCUCAUAUUCGUUGACGAUUUUUCUAGUGCAAAAAGUAAAAACACCAACAAAAAAAGAAAGAAAAAAAAGAUGAAUAAUUAAUUACAUAAUAAUCUUUACAAAAAAAAUUGCGAUGGAUUUGUUAGCGUCGGGGUAUAUAUUGUGUUCCUCCUCCUUUCACGAUGUUGUUGUAUCAUCCCCCCUUUUUUUUCUAUCUUGAAAAACUUAAAAAAAAAGCAAAAGACAAAGGAACAAUAUCUUAUUAUGUAAUCAGCUUUGUGAUGGUGAUGUUUUUGUACAGGACAGUUCAAUUUCCAAAGCGUUCAUAUGGGCCACAUACCGUUUGUAAUUCUGCUCCGAAAUUAUUUUUUUUUUCGUCUCUUCCUGUAAUUUCUUUCGGUUUAAUUUUCUUUUUGGAUGGAUGGAUUUCAUUUAUACGCAUUUCUCCUCUUUACCUCUUUCUCCCUCCUUUUUUUUUAAAUUUCUUAAAAAACUAUUCUCGAAAUAUUUCCAGCGAAACAGCAGCAAUACUGGCCGUUUUGUGAGCGAAAAUUAAUCAAUUAGUUUGGGGGACAAACCAGCAACAAAAAAACCCAGGCAGUUUGUUGGGAUUUAUUGUGUUUGGUUAUUUUGUUUCUGCAGGGCCUCUAGAAGAAGAAAGAAGAGAAUGAUGAUAAUAAUAAAAUCUUAUAUAUUUCAAGUGAAUGACGGAACACAGCCCUGCCUGACUUAGAGCAAUUGAUUGUGAGUAAGAAAAAAACGAAGGUGACAUCUCGUCUGUUGUUGUUGUUUCCUAGCCCCCCUGUGCUGUACAUUCUUCUUCUCUUUGUCCUGUCCGCUUAACUCCUCUAGUGUCAACACUCAAAUCAACAUCCUCUAUUCAUCAAUUGUCAUUACCUUAAUUUUUCCUUUUGUGUGUCGAGAGAGAAAUGUAGUAGGAUGGGGGGGGGGGGGGGCGACUUAUUUUUUGAUUGUAUCCUUUUUUUUCCUUCUCUUUUUCAAAAUCUUAUCGAACGACAAGUGACCGGAGAUUCUAAAAACUAGACCGUCAUCCUUCAUCUUCUUGGUGGUAACAUGUUUUUCUUUCUUUUUCUUGAAUUUGGUCAGUUCCUCUCUCUCUCUCUCCUUCGAUUGAAUUUUGUUUUCCUUUUGAUUUCCCUUUUUGUGGAGGUUUGUCAAAUCGAAACUCUGAUCGUCCAUUUUUGUCGCGGUGUAACUGGGAAGGAAAGAAUGAACCACACACUCCUCAUCCGAUAUGCAUUUUGUACAAAACAGAAACAGCAACUUAACAAACCACAACAACACACAAACAACAACCAUUCAAUAAAAACAAGACUUAUAAUAAAAUCAUGUUGAUUUCGUGUGUGUCCCCCCUCUCCCCCCCUGAUUCACAUUAACUCCCAUACCUCCUUGUAAGCUUGUUUCUCACCUCUCAAAAUUGUCCGUGUCUCCACACACACACACACACACACAUAAUUGAAUUGUUUUUCUUUGAAAUUUUGAUGGCCUGACGGUUGUCGGGCAAAAAGUGAAAAUUGAAAACUUUCGCCCGAUGAUCGAUUGGCGAUUGCGCUAUUAUACAAAAAAAUUGAAUUUGUAAUAUGAAUUAAUAUUAUUGAUUUAUACUAUUAUGUCCAAAAGAAACUGAACUCUUUAAUCAAGUCCUCAAUCUUUUCCCCCCACGCCCAUUUUUAUUUUCAUCCAUUUAUUCUCUCUCUUUUGAUAUUCCGUCAGCGAAAAGAAAAAAAACACACAACUGCUUGCGCGAAUACAAGUAACUUUUAUACAGUAACCAACGCCAAACAGCCCCGUCCGUUUUCAAAAUUUCGUGAGUAUAUUUGUGUCAAUCCGAGUCAUUAACAGGUUGAUUGGAGAGUACAGCAGUUGAGUUAGCGGAAGAGUAU